AUGAGUCAUGUAAUUUAAGGAAAGUUAAAACUUAAGGGUAGCUUUUAGAAAGUGCUAGAUAAGAAGGAAGAAAAAGUGAAGAAAUAAAUUGAGGAAGAAUAAAUUAAGAAAGCAGAAGAAAUAUUUAAGAAGGAACAAAAAUCUUAAGGGAAAGAUGAUUAGCCUAAAAUAAUAACAUUUGAACCUGAAGAUGGAUAAGGUAGAAUUUUGACAAGUUCCACAACUAUUUAAGGAGAUGGUACAAAAUUCCUUUCAUAAGUCAAGAAAGAUGAUUUUUUAGUUGUGUAAAAUCCUUAAUCUCUUGUAAAGGAAGAGAGAAAGAUUGCUUGUGUUAUGAGCGAUAAAAGUUUAUUGCUAUACAAAGCAUUCAGCUCAGAUAUAAUGAGCUUCACAUAAUAUUAGUUUAGAAAAUAAGAUGAAAUAGAGAAAAAGGAAGAAGAUAUUGAAGAUGUUUACAAGAAUAAAUUUUUAGGUUUAACUAAAAAAAUUAAUAAGGAAAAAGAUUCCUAAAUUUUGGAGUAUCGCGAGAAAAAGGGAAUGUGGGGCUAUAAUACUGUCAAAAAAGAAGUCAGCAAGGAUUAGUCAAGAGAAUAACUUCUUGAUUAAAGAAUCAAAAAAGGUAGAGAUAAAUUUUGUUGGUUCUGA